ACCUACAUUUAGCGUUUUAGCCACCUACCGACAGCCGAGCAAUACGACAGCUAUAUUUUGCAUCAUCAUUCAUUCGUAUUCACCUGGAACCGUCAAAUCUCUUGAGUUGAGAAAUGGGGGGUGGGAGAGGCAGCAGAAAACGCACUUACAUUUCAUUAUCCUCGUCCUCGUCCGGAGACAACAAAGAAGAUCAAAGCGAAGAAGAAUUGGACUCAGAAUUAGAAUCAGAAGAAACCGAUCGUAACGACGAUCACGACUUUGACGAAGCGGAGGAGACCGGCCCUUCAGCUUCCUGUGAUGACGACGACGAUGUUGAUGCGACUGGAUGUGAGUGGAGUGAUGACGAGGGGGAUGAAUCGGAUGAUCAGGAGGAGGCGGAAGAUGAAUCUUCCGGCCUCCAUGACGAUGAGUCUCUACGCAACCGCGUUCUCCGCCUUCUUCGAGGAAAGAGUGAUUUGCAAGAACUAAACCUAAGAGAAUGCAAAUCUUAUUUACGGCAGCAUGCACUGCGAAUAACAGGGACCAAGGCAGAAUGUAUACAGAGAAUUAUGGAGCACUGGAGGAUGAGAGAUGGAAAUGCCGAAGCACUCUAUCCUAGAUCUUCUUUUUCCAUCAAUUGUACUGGAGAUGUCUGCAAAGGAGAUGUUGUUUUGUUUACACAGAGAGUAUUUAAGAAGUUUGACAAAGUGUCAAGGAGAGGAAGUAUCAUUGGGAAGAGAACUACUGCUGGGAGGGUUGUCAAGGAAAGCUAUGGUGCGGCCAAACAGCAACAUACAUUCACAAUUGAAGUACUGUGGAGCAAGGGAAUUAAGAAAUUGCCUCCACUAUUCCCUUUACUUGUUAAGGGCCGGAACCUAUAUAAAUUGAAGACUUUCAGACAGCCCUGGAAAAAUGAAACAGAAAGAUUGAGAGUUCUGGCUGAAAAACACAAACGAGGAGCGGCUGCAAGACUUGCGAGGGCAGAAAGGAAGACUAAGACGGAAUACUAUAAAAAGGGUUUCAAGCGUCAAAAAGAGUUUCAUCAUUCGAGACCAUCUCAAAUGGGAAAGAAAACUGAACCAAAGAAAGCGAAGGAUGGUGCCGGAUUGGGCAAGGCCCCAAUGAAACAUGUAGAAGGCGAUAGUUACCAUCAAAAGGCCCCACCAUUUGGACGAGCAAACUCACAGAAAUAUCCAAGAUCAAGAGUUCUUAAAUCUUCCACGAAGUAUCAGAGCUUUAGUGACCCAUAUAAAAAUUCAGGCCUCAGAACUAACUCAUAUGCUUACCCUCCUCAAAACUUUUACCAAUUUGAACGUGCCCAGCUUAUGGACCACCUGCCAGUUGCACCUUUUCGCUUGCCCAGUUGUGGAACAGGCUCAACUUCAAGGUUCCCCCAAUUCAGCCCUUAUUUGGAUCCAUCUCUUACCCCUACCUCACAAUUUCAAGGUCAAAACCAUUUGCCACAUCCUCAGCAUCUUUAUUAUACACGGCCGAACCAUGCAUUUGAACCCAGGGGUUUCAAUGGGCCUCCAGAAUUGAGGAAUGAUUAUGCAUUGUCAAGACCAUUUUCUUUAGGGAAGGAAACAUACAGACAGAGGGGGGAUUUUUCAGCCCUGUAGAUUUGGUUUUCAGGUCUGAAAGCUGUGUUGUGUAGUUACACAUCAAAUGACUAAGCAAAAUUUUAAGGCAUUGGCUUUGGGAACUGCUUAUGUAAAUGUGCUCUCUCUCUCUCUCUCUCGUGCCGAGUCUAUAAAUCAACCCUGGACAUAAGUGUAUUGCUGACAUGAUUAUAAUAAUCUGCCAUGCAUCCGGAAAAACAAAGCGGAGGGAUGAGAAAAGAAGAUGAGCAGGGAGAUGGUAACAGGAAGGGAAAGAAGACGUGGUGUCGUACUCGAUUUCACCCACUCUUGUCCUCGCAUGUACUGGAGUAAUGAAGGAGAGAAAAGGACUUCAACAAAUUGCUGGCUUCAGUAUAUAGUUUGAAAGCAAUAGCGAAUAAAGUUAAUUUAGCAUCCAGACUACAACGCAAAAUACAUCACGAGAGUCAUUAUGAUUUCUGGGCGUUUAUUGAAAAAAUUGUUCAGAUGUUCCUGUUGUUUCA